GUUCCAGUUAAUGCAGUGACUCUGCCGCACGCGGCAAAAUGGAUACUAAACACAAAGUGCACACCUUUAAAGGGCGCGUCACUUUCUUUUCGAGUUUAUUUAUAUUUUAUUUUAUUGUUAAUUUUAAUUUUUAUUUUAUUAACUGUCAGGACUCGAGAUACGGCAGUCAGUACAACCAGUAUAAUCGUGACGGUGUUUAUGUUCCUCCAGGUAGUCCUGGUUAUCAAACCUAUUUUUAUAAAGACAGAAGAUAUGGGUAUCAGCCCAGCUACCUGGAUCCCAUAUCUAGGGGUCCAACUCGUAAUCCUGAAGAUCGGUUUAAUUAUGGAGAAGAUCCGAGGCAACAGUAUUUGCCAGGAAUCCUCGGUGGUUGGCGAGAAGAUCUCCAGGGAAGAAAACGCCCUGAUUCAAAGCAACUUGAAGAAAAUCGUGAUGUUUAUAUAAGAACUAACUAUGGCCAGGUGCAAGGUUUUAAAGUUAAUUUGUAUGACCAUCCUGAAGCGCGACAUCGUCCGUGGAACAUGCCUGUUGAACGUGUCACUGCCCAAGUCAAUGUAUUUUUAGGCAUUCCUUAUGCUAUGCCACCGGAUAAAGAAGGAAGAUUCAAACCACCUCGUACUCACAGAGGAUGGCAAUUGCUACAAGCUGUUGAUUGGGGUCCAGCUUGCCCUCAGCCGAGUAAUUAUACUGGGGCAACAAAAGGUAUUCGGGAUGUUAGUGAAGAUUGUUUGUACUUGAACAUCUUUACGCCUCCGUUUGAAUCCGGUGUCGCAAAAUUGUAUCCCGUAAUGUUUUACAUCCACGGAGGUGAAUUUAUCCACGGAGCAAGUAAUCUCUUCCCAGGACACAUGAUGGCAGGAUUUUACGACGUAAUAGUGGUAUCAAUAAAUUACCGCUUAGGUGCAUUAGGAUUUAUGAGUACAGGCGAUGAAUACAGUCCCGGAAAUUACGGAAUUUUAGACCAGCAAAAAGCCCUGGAAUGGGUGUACAACAACAUAAAAAAUUUCUACGGUGAUCGUGAAUCUAUAACACUGUUUGGACCAGGUGCUGGUGCAGCAAGUGCUGGAUUGCUGAUGGUAGCGCCUCGCAGCAGUCAUAUGGUAGCCAAAGUAAUUGCGCAGUCAGGAUCUGCAUUAGCAGACUGGGCGUUCAUCGUCGACAAGUACCGAGUGCAAAACACAUCACGUGUUUACGGAGAAUCGCUAGGUUGCAAUAUUGUAAACAGCCAGGAAUUAUUCAACUGUCUGUACACAGGAAGAAGUUACCUUGAUCAUGGAAACUCAGAGUUACAACCACACGUUGGAAUGUUUCCAUGGGCUCCAGUCCUGGACCGAAACUUCACCGUGCCUCCAGAUAAUUUAUACGAUGACUGGGGUGCUGCAGAUUGGCAUUUCUUCACAGAAACUCCUGAAGAAAGCAUCAAAGCUGGAAGAUUCAGGCGAGACAUCGCUUACAUGGCUGGUGUCACCACCCAAGAAGCCGCUUGGAUCAUCGUCAACAAUGAGACCCUCAGAAAAAGACAAUACCGCAUCGACGAUGAAACUUUUAACCAAAAAAUUUGGGAGAUGGUCAUGCGAUACAAUUAUACGCUUAAUCCUUAUGGUGCUUAUGAGGCCAUCAAAUAUAUGUACACAUUUUGGCCAGAUCCUAAAAAUGUUACCCUAGUGCGUGAUCAGUUGAUUAAUUUGCUCUCAGAUUUUCACUAUGUUGCGCCUUUUGAUAAAAUGGCGAAAUUGUUAGUGGAAAAAAAAGUACCUGUUUAUUUGUAUGUUUUAAACACUACUGUUGAAGCGCUUAACUUGGACCAUUGGAGAAGAGUCCCUCAUGAUACUGAGUACUUGUGGUUGACCGGUGCUCCAUUUAUGGACAAGGAAUUUUUCCCUGAUAAAUGGAAAGUUUCACGGGAUAUGUGGACUGACAAUGACAGAAAUAUGAGCCAUUUCUUCAUGAAAGCGUAUACUAAUUUUGCUAAAUAUGGAAAUCCAACGCCGUCACAAAUAUUAGGAUUACAUUUCGAAGAAGCGCAUCAGGGGUAUUUAAAGUACCUAAAUAUUAAUACCACAUUCAACAGCUCGAUUCUUUACAACUAUCGUCAGACUGAAAGUGCAUUUUGGUCACAAUAUUUGCCAACUGUUAUUGGACGAAUUGUACCAACUUAUCCACCAGUUACCGAGUAUUGGUGGGAACCAAAACAGCCACUUCAAAUAGCGUUCUGGUCAAUAUCAACUGCCUGUCUGCUACUGAUCGUCCUCUGUGUUAUUUGCUGCAUGCUAUGGCGUAACGCCAAAAGUAAACUAAUAGCCGCACGGAAAUAUAAGGCCCAAGACAAUCCGAUCACUACUAUAGCGGGGACGUCCUGAUGGUACGAGACGACGAGCCUUCGGAGGGAAUCGAGAAUAUGAAUCGAGCAUCAAAAGACAAUUUAUAUGAAUAUCGUGAUACACCGCCACCACAGAAAGCAAGAAUACCACGACAAAUAGAUAACAAAUCAAAUCAAGCGGAUCAUAUAGCUCAAAAUCGUAAAUUUAGUUCAACUCCGUCACUACGGAGUAAUUCAAAUAUGUCAUUAAGAGAUAUGCGCAGUGAAGGCUUUGUUACCAGUUCGCCUAAUGGUCAACUUAGGAUGAACAAAGCUUCAAGUCAGUCAACUUUGACUAAAGGUAAAACUAAAACACAUAUUGUACAAGGAGUGCCUCAAACUGCAGUAUAAGCAUCGACUUUUUUUUUUAAUUU